AUGGCCCAAACACACAAUCACAAAAUCCUCAUCCUCCCCGGCGACGGCAUCGGCCCCGAAGUAAUGACCGAAGCAAUAAAAGUGCUUAAAGCCUUCUCCAGCCCAAAACACACCUUCACCCUCCGCCAAGAACUGAUAGGCGGCUGCAGCAUUGAUGCAACCGGCCAGACAAUCACAGAAGAAGUAAAGGCAGCAGCAUUAGACUCAGACGCCGUGCUUUUCGCAGCAGUCGGAGGACCGAAAUGGGAUAAUGCGCGGAAGGGCCUAGAUGGACCGGAAGGGGGACUGUUACAGCUUCGAAAGGCGAUGGAUAUUUAUGCUAAUUUGAGGCCUUGUUCUGCUGAUUCACCGAGUGUUUCUAUUGCGAGGGAGUUUAGUCCUUUUCGAGCAGAGGUUAUUGAGGGGGUGGAUUUUGUGGUUGUGAGAGAGAAUUGUGGAGGUGCUUAUUUUGGACGGAAGGUUGAGGAACCUACAUAUGCCAUGGAUGAAUGGGGAUACAGCGAAGCCGAAAUACAACGCAUAACCCGUUUAUCCGCAGAAAUAGCACUCCGUCACACUCCCCCCUGGCCAGUAAUCUCACUAGACAAAGCGAACGUACUUGCCUCAUCACGACUCUGGCGCCGAGUCGUGACAAAGACAAUGUGUGAAGAAUAUCCUCAAGUGAAACUAGUGCAUCAACUAGCCGACUCCGCAUCAUUGAUUAUGGCCGUGAACCCACGGGCCUUGAAUGGUGUUAUCCUCGCCGAUAACACAUUUGGAGAUAUGCUUUCUGAUCAGGCGGGAUCGAUUGUGGGAACGUUGGGAGUUCUUCCUAGUGCUAGUUUGAAUGGGUUACCGGGGGAUAAGACGUUGAAGACGCGGCCGUAUGGACUUUAUGAGCCGACGCAUGGGUCUGCACCGGAUAUUGCUGGGAAAAAUAUUGCUAAUCCUGUGGCUAUGAUUCUGUGUGUUGCUUUGAUGUUUCGGUAUUCGUUGAAUAUGGAAGAGGAGGCGCAGCGGGUGGAAAAUGCUGUGCGUAAAGUGUUGGAUUCUGGAGUGCGGACGCCUGAUUUGAGAGGGAAGGCAGGGACUUCGGAGGUUGGAGAUGCAAUUGUGGCUGCUUUGUAG